UUGCAUAAUUCGAAUUGGUACCAGCCGAACAAGCCCCAGGCUCUGCUAAAUGCACGGUAGCACUCAGAAAAUUGUACUUUCAACGUCACUCAAAACCCGCGAAAAAGCUUUCGAAUCGAAACCAGAAACCAAACCGCCACACAAAACGGUUAAUUCCUGGAACAUCACGGUACAGGCGAAUGAAACCGAUCCAAGCAGCAAACGGAUUCAGUUUCCGAGUCGGAUUCUCCGGCCACAGCGGCCACCUCAGAGUCGAGCCUCUCUACACCGAGGAGCGUGAUAACCCUAUCAAAACUCUCCCCGACUUUGUUCUCCCACCUGCAUUUCCCAGGGAAACACCGGAAUCGAUCAAGGAACAUAUAAAGGAGAAAUAUCUUUUGCCAAGAUUGGACGAUGAUGCCUUUUCUCCAGAAAAAGCUGGAAGGCAAUGGGAUUUUGACUGGUUUGAAAGGGCAAAAAUACCAUUGGAGCCAUCAUUGCCAAGAACUGUUAUGGUUCCAGUCUGGGAGUUACCCUUCAGACGGUGCAAAGGGGGAUCAGUUGAAGGAAAGUGGGAACCUAAUUCAUUGCAGGUGGAUGUGUCAGAACUAAUAGUUGGGGGUCAAGCUUCUGGUUCUUUUCCACACACGGUUGGUGGUGCUGCCAAGGAUUUUGUAAGAGGAAGCAUUAAUAAACGCCCUUUUCGUCCAGGAGGCUUGGAGGAUCAAUCUGUAGAGAGGAUUCUUCCGGAUGGUGCAUGUAAUGGUGAGUGGGUUAGUGAGGUGCUAAAUGGUGGUCCUGUUCAAACAAUUCCUCCAGGCUUUAAGCAAGGAUUAAACCUUGGUGAUCUUGCGGCACAUCCUUGCUUAUGGAAUGUUUACAAGGACCGAACUUCACUCAAUAACACAUCAGUUGAAAAGGUGAGUGAGUUGUCUGUACAAUUUGACGACUUGUUCAAGAAAGCUUGGGAAGAGGAUGUUGCAGAAUUUGAGAAAGAUGGGCAUUCAACAGAAUCAGAUUCUGUUAAGUCAGAAGCUGAGGCAAACCAGGCUGAUGUUCUCAACAGUCUUGAUACUGGAUCAUCUGCUUUGGAUGAGAUUUUAUCAGUUGAAGCAGAAAGAUUAGAUGAGAAAAGUGAUGGGGGUGGUCAGCAACAAAAGGAGGCUUGGGCUGUUAGUGGAGGUAGCGAAGGGAUUGCUGAUCACUUUUACGAACUAGUUCCUGACAUGGCAAUUGAAUAUCCUUUUGAAUUGGAUACAUUCCAGAAGGAGGCUAUUUAUUAUUUGGAAAAGGGGGAGUCUGUUUUUGUGGCGGCUCAUACAUCUGCUGGAAAAACAGUUGUUGCGGAAUAUGCAUUUGCUUUGGCGUCAAAACAUUGCACUAGAGCUGUGUAUACAGCUCCAAUUAAAACAAUCAGCAAUCAGAAGUAUAGAGAUUUCUGUGGGAAAUUUGAUGUUGGUCUUCUCACUGGUGAUGUUAGUUUGAGGCCCGAGGCUUCUUGUCUCAUAAUGACGACUGAAAUAUUAAGGUCAAUGCUUUAUCGGGGUGCGGAUAUUAUUCGCGAUAUUGAAUGGGUUAUAUUUGAUGAGGUGCACUACGUGAAUGAUGUUGAAAGAGGCGUGGUUUGGGAAGAGGUCAUAAUCAUGCUUCCAAAACAUAUUAACAUCAUCCUCCUUUCAGCCACGGUUCCGAAUACAAUUGAAUUUGCUGAUUGGAUUGGUCGGACAAAGCAAAAAAAAAUUCGUGUCACUGGGACGACAAAAAGACCAGUCCCACUGGAGCAUUGCCUGUUUUAUUCUGGAGAACUUUACAAAAUAUGUGAAAGUGAAACUUUUAUAUCAUUGGGACUAAAGGCUGCUAAAGAUGCAUACAAGAAAAAGAAUUCCAAUGCAAUUAGUGGCGGUACUGGUUCAUAUACUGGUUCUUCUGCAGUUCAUGAUGGGGCUCGAGGUCAGAAACGUGAAAUUUCUAACCGAGGGAAACAAAAUAAGCAUUCUGGUCCGCAAAAUUUGGGGAACUAUUCUGGGACAGGUUGGGGGAAUCAAGGCAGUGGAGGUGGCCAGAAUAGUUGGGGAUCUAGGAGAUCAACAUGGUUGAUGCUUAUUGACAAGCUCUCAAAGCAGUCACUAUUGCCUGUGGUUAUAUUUGGUUUCUCAAAGAACCAAUGUGAUAAAUCAGCUGACAGCAUCUCCGGGACUGACCUCACUAGUAGUUCAGAGAAAAGUGAGAUCCGUGUUUUUUGUGAUAAAGCUUUUUCACGGCUGAAGGGAUCUGAUCGCAAUUUACCGCAGGUUGUCAGAGUUCAGAACCUUCUUUGCAGAGGAAUUGGUGUGCAUCAUGCAGGUUUGCUUCCAAUUGUGAAGGAAGUUGUUGAAAUGCUCUUCUGUCGAGGUGUGAUUAAGGUUUUGUUUUCAACGGAGACAUUUGCAAUGGGUGUUAAUGCUCCAGCCAGAACGGUUGUCUUUGAUACAUUAAGGAAGUUUGAUGGCAAGGAAUUUAGACAGGUACUCCCUGGGGAAUACACUCAAAUGGCAGGUCGUGCUGGCAGAAGAGGACUUGAUAAAACUGGUACAGUUAUUGUGAUGUGCCGUGAUGAAAUCCCAGAAGAGAGGGAUUUGAAACAUGUUAUAACUGGAACUCCAACUAAGCUUGAAUCUCAGUUCCGAUUGACAUACAUUAUGAUCCUGCAUCUUCUUCGUGUGGAAGAACUGAAGAUCUGGAUUUGUUAUCCCUUCAUUCCUGUUCACAUUUGGGAAUUGCUUCCUAAAUCCCUGGCGUAUUCCUACCCUUCUAUGAUCCUCCCACCAAUCUUCAACCCAAGUUCUCUCUCUAUUCCUCUCACUUGCUCUCAUUCUCGUCUCUUUUUGCAUCAAUUCUUCCCUGUAUAGUUGACUGCUUCUAAUAGCAUUCUAUGCCAUAUGUUAGGUUGCUUUUGCUGUUACCUCUUGUUUGAGGGCUUAUUUCAGUGUCUUCUCAUGUUGAACCUUUUAAAGUGUAGGCUUUUUCAUUUCAUUGUUUGAUUGCGGAUACUAAUAUAUGCACUUAUUAAUUGACAGGCCCAGGACCAUUUACUUGGAGUUGUCGUAAAAUCACCUUCUGCCAACAACAAACAAUAUAUUGUGCAAGUUCUUAAACCUGAUGUGCCAUUAAUGACUCAAACUCCCUCAAGCAGCAGUAACUUGCAAGAUAAGAGAAGUGCUGACUUCCAACAAGGUUAUGUGCUGCCACCAAAAGCUAAACGUGGUCUCGAAGAAGACUACCGCUUAUCUACUGGUCCACGUAAAGGAUCAGGUAUCAUCAACAUAAAACUGCCUCACCAUGGUGCUGCUGCAGGAGUGAGUUUUGAGGUCAGAGAAACUGAUAAUACAGAAUUCUUAUGCAUAUGCAAUAGCAAGAUAAAAGUUGACCAAGUUGGGAUUCUUGAAUAUGGUAGCGAUACUGCUUUCUCUAACACAGUUCAGCAGCUGUUGAAAUUGAAAUCUAAUGGAAACAAAUAUCCUCCAGCCUUGGAUCCACGUAAAGAUCUCAAAUUGAAAGACAUGGAUCUUGUUCAAAAAUACUACAAGUGGACCCACCUACUGCAAAAAAUGUCAGAGAACAAAUGCCACGAAUGUAUUAAGUUGGAGGAGCACAUUAAGUUAGCUAGAGAGAUUAAGAAGCAUAAAGAUGAAGUUAAUGCUCUUGAGUUUGAAUUAUCUAAUGAAGCGCUCCAACAGAUGCCAGAAUUUCAGGGCCGGAUUGAUGUUCUGAAGGAAAUUGGUUGUAUAGAUGAAGACCAUGUGGUUCAAAUAAAAGGUCGUGUUGCCUGUGAGAUGAACUCAGGGGAGGAAUUGAUAUGCACAGAAUGUUUAUUUGAGAAUCAACUAGAUGACCUGGAACCUGAAGAAGCUGUGGCUUUAAUGUCGGCCUUCGUCUUUCAGCAGAAGAACACUUCUGAACCUUCUCUUACAUCAAAACUCUCUAAGGCCAACAAAAGAUUGUAUGACACAGCUAUAAGACUUGGUAAGCUUCAAGCAGAGUUCAAAUUACAAAUAACGCCUGAGGAGUAUGCGAAAGAAAAUCUCAAGUUUGGUCUUGUUGAAGUGGUGUACGAAUGGGCAAAGGGAACUCCAUUUGCAGAAAUUUGUGAGCUCACGGAUGUUCCUGAGGGCCUUAUAGUGCGGACAAUUGUCAGGCUGGAUGAGACUUGUCGUGAAUUUAAAAGCGCUGCAGCUAUAAUGGGUAAUUCAUCACUUUAUAAGAAAAUGGAAUCUGCUUCCAAUGCCAUAAAGCGUGAUAUCGUCUUUGCUGCUAGUUUGUACAUUACAGGAGUGUGAUAUGUACAUUAUUCUGUGAUACAGUUAACAUUGAAUAGAUCCUUAAUCAGAAAAGAUGUUUAGCCAUUUCUCCCUUUGUUCAGUUCUGGAAAGCCAACAUAGCGCAACUUUUAUCAACAGCACAGUUUGAGACCUAAUCAAUUGAUUUUGGCCAAAAACAUCCUCCCCUUCCUUGGCAAGAACUUUUCAAGUUUCAUUUGGACAUUUGAUGUGUUUACAAGUAUGGUUUUAAUCGUUCUU